UCCGUCCUCGUACUUAUUGUUUCCGGCUAUGGUUAAUUGAAGGUUCUCAGAUAAUGUAAAUUAAACACCAUGCAAACGAGAAGUCUGCAGUGUCUUCUGUGGCUUUUACGAUUAUUUACUAGUAUUUCAGGAUCUACCAGAAUAUUAGAAGGAAACGAAUUUCUCCAAACAGUUGAACAAAGUUCUUUGUCCCUGACGUGUGAAUAUACCUACAGCCAUACAAAUGAUAGUGUAAUGCCCAUCUUUAGGAAAAAUGGACAAGAAUUAGUCGGAUUUGAGACAAAUGUUACAAAAAGUUCAUCAACUGUAAAACUAAAUAUUUUAAAAUCGUCCAUAGAUAUUUCAGACGGAGGAAUAUAUACAUGUAUUUCAAACGAUUCGACGUCCAAUGUUACGAUUAUGGUUCUAGCAGACAACAGCAAGUUUGACCAAUCAUACAGUUUUAUAGAAGACAAAGAUUUAAUGCUAGACUGUCCUGUUCAAAGUUUUCUCCAACCUACAGUAACUUGGUACAGAGAGGGUGUAUUGCUAAACGAUGAUAGAAUAGUAUUGUCAAAUAUACAGGGAAAACAAAAUGGUUCACUUCAGAUUUCACCGGUUAAAACUUCGGACAGAGGUCAUUAUACUUGCUCUGCAUCAUGGAGUAUUGGAAGAAAGUCAUUUACAACUUUGGUCCGUGUAAGAGAAAAAUUAGCACCUUUGUGGCCGUUUAUUGGAAUAGUGCUUGAAGUAUUGGUUCUUGUUUUGAUAAUAAUGUUUUGUAAAGACAACAAAAAGAAAACAGAUCGGAAAUCAUCUUGACAUUGAACUUAGCCGACAUUGAAAGAGGAAGAAAGAAGAACGUGGCUUGAGAAGGAAGGACAGGCACACUGAGACGGUAGCUCUCAAAUAUUUACAAAGAAUAUAUAACAUCGAUCAAUGGAUCUAUGCACAUAUCGAUUAGAAUCAGCAAUAAAGUCAAUAAUGAUGCACCCUCGUCCUUCCUAUACAUAGUUGCGUCAUUUUAUUUUAUUUCUUACUAUAUACCUAAAAUUUCCUAGUGAUCUACAUGUAUAUUAAAAAUGCAAAAUAAAGAUAUGCUAUAGUAAAGAUAUGCUAUAGUAAAGAAAUUUGUCUUUUAUGACUAUA